AUGACUACUUUUGCUACAAUGUUUUCUUUCUACACUUCACUAGCCAAGUCGCUCUUCAGUUUAGCCUUCGCGCGCCUAUACAAGGCGCAAGUUGUACCUCCACGUGAUCUUACCGGUCAAACAGCCAUUGUGACUGGCGCCAACAGUGGCAUUGGACUGUCCAUCGCCGUUGCACUCGCUACACAGGGCGCAGAUGUCUACUUGGCUUGUCGCAAUGCUGUCCGUGGGGCAGCAGCUGUCGACCAUGUUAUCGCUCAAUGCCACAACAAGAGCCAGGCAAGGGUAUCUUGCCGAAUCCUUGACGUCGGCGAUGCAGCCACUGUUCGUGCAUUCUGCGAGCAAUGGCCAAAAGGAGUGAAGAUUGACAUGCUGGUGCACAACGCUGGCAUUGCUGCACCUCCAACCGGAGCCUCAACAAAGACAAUGGAGCGCCUGAACCUUCUCUACACGACCAACUUCUUAGGCAGCUUCCUAAUCACGCAUCUUCUCGAGCCCCACCUCAGCCCAACUGCAAGGGUUGUGAUGACUAGUUCGACAGGCAGCUACUCUGCAGCAAGCCACUUCCUCAGAGGGGAUACUUUCGGAAGAAUACCAGGGCCUUCCAAGCCAGGCAUUGUCGCACGAACAAUCACCAAAAGCAAAGCGAUGUUGGGCAUCGACGCAGAGGGUAGUGCUGGAGCGUACGGCGUGAGCAAGGCGCAACAGGUGCUGUUUGCCAAUCUUCUGCAGCGCCACUUCGAUACACAAUCACAAGCAUCCAAUGGCGACGGGGCACGCAGAACAGCGCACGCUUUCACCCCAGGUUUCACAUCAACGCCAAUCUUUGGGAAGCUCAAUGUCACCUGGCGGACGUGGAUCUCCGAUCCCCUGUUUGCCAUGCUGAAGUUGACCGAGAAGUGGGUUGCAGUCGACACGGACGAGGGCGCAAAGACGGGGAUAUGGUUGGCGACAUGGGGAGAUGUGCUAGGAACGACGAAGCGAGGUGGUGCAUUCUGGGACAGAAUGCAGAUGCGCACAAGUAUCGUGGAUUUGAUGGACGAAAAAAGAACGAUAAGAGAGUGGGAGCUCUGGGGAAAGGAUGCCGAGAUCAUGUGGCCAAUUUAA